CUGCUUUUUCCGGAGACUCGCAGAUAGCCAUCUUUCAGUCAUCGCUUCCACAUUUAUACCCUGGGAACAGACCACUAUCUAUCUUCAACACUUCUAUUUCAGGAAACAAUGGCUAUACAGAUGCCCACACCAUUUUCCUCCACUACCUCGGCAGACGUUUGGGUCUGCUGCCAGUGCCAAGGAGAGAACUUGGUCCAGAAUGCACCUCAACGAUGCCCUCUCUGUCAACACUACAGGUGUGGUUAUUGCGUUGGCUCAGCCCACUGUUCUUGGAGCUCGACAUUUCAGUGCUUAAAAGGGACUGCCGAAGGGUGCCCGGCUACCCUUAUACCGUCCGAUCCCACAUGUGGUGAAUCCGGCCGCUUGACCGAGUUCAGUGGUCUCGAUUCAUAUGAAUACUCCUCGCCCACCGCCGAAAUAUCGAUAAUCGCCAUUCCUCUACCAAAGACCUCCCCUGAAAUUGCUCCUCUGGUAGCAGGCUUCGGCGAUACGUGGUAUUGUUGCGGAUGCGGGACUCUCAACCACAACGGCGUUGCGCUUGAUCGAUGUCCUGUCUGCGCUCACUACAAAUGCUCUCUAUGUUCCCAUGCCUAAAAAUAAUUUCAGUGAGAAAGCAGUAACGGUAGACUGUUUCUCUCCUCCUCUCCUCCUUUUAUCAAUCAAUCCUUUCCAUUGCCCAUCUUUCUUUCUCUGUUGAUCCUGUUGUAUGCUCUUGUUCGAUUUUUUUUGUUCGUUAUCUAUUUCCUCAAGUCCCUGCACCCGCUUUCAACACCCAUGAUAGUUCUUUUCUUACAUCUUGGUUACCAUCGCAUAGUGACUUCUGU